AUGGAUUUUAAAGCAGACGAAAGAGAGGUGUCACCACCUUCAAGAGUCCCAAUCAGCGGUUCGUUGCUAAAUUGCUGCUAUGAUUAAACUUAAAACAUUGAUAUUCAUGUAAAAGACUUGAUUAACGAGAAGGGAUAGUCUUGCAUCAGUGUGCAUAAAGGCACGUGAGGUAAUAUUUUACUGAUUCCAGAUGAAGAAAGUGCAAAUCAUACUGGUGCAAUUCCAUAUAGUCCGUAAGCCGCUGACUAUAAAAUUUAUCCUUCGACUAUGUAUAUUUUUCCUUUACACAGAUCUGGCGUUCAGCCAGAUAGAAUACUAUGGUAAAAUACAAAAGUAAAAAUUAACUCAUACGGAAGCACUCCUUGUCUUUAAACAAACUUUUUGUUAAUGAGCAGGCCUAAGUUUUAUUGGGGAGGUUUUCAUUGACUCUUCCUGUGACAACCGAGGUUGGCAUCCUAGAAAGAGACCCUGUCGUCGACCAACCUGUUGGUAUGCAGUUGCGCACGCUUACUGUCUUUAAUUAGCAUGAAGAACCUUCCCUUACGGGAUAGACCACAGUCACUGAAGAUGUAAAUUGCUAUUGACUGCGAACUACUAAUUGCGUAUAUCGUCGUAAGUCUCCUAAGAUUUCCUUCGCAGUAUUUUGUCGUGAUCGUGACUUUUAUCCCAGUGGGCUCAGUAGAGGAAAAAUACAUGAUUGCCCAGCUUGCAUUAGUGGAAAAGCUCUUCAUUGCUCAUACAAAAAGUGUUUUCCAUCCAUAAUAGCAGGAGGUAAGUGUAGUUUUUGAGACAACGGGGUGUCAGCCAGCCUCGGUCGGCCUGUAUCAGAGGUAUGGCAUUUUUUCAAAUGUAUAGAUAGAAAGAAUAUUCCGGCCUCUGGCAUCGGAGGAAAACAAGACCAGUCGAUGAUGUCGAAAGAUCUGGGGUGUUUAGUUCAUUCGUCGGGUCUCUGUGAUUUGGCCUUAGGCAAAAUUACAUUAAAAUGCUUGUCUCGUCAAACGUCAACUCGGGCAGCAUACAAAAGCUCGGGGUAUUAAAAACCUAUGUAUGUACAUAUAGGCAUUCAAAUUCCGUGUUAUGUGCCUAGGUACUUAAUCUAUUUUAAUGUCUAUACCAUGUGUCACACCCCAAGUCAUUUGGAAAACUUUUAGUGUGCUUUCAAAUUAAAGACUAAGUUUGAAAACCGCUCCAUGAAAAGUCAGUAUGCGUUCUUAUUUUUGCCACAUCCCUGCAUUUUGCAAACUUGUUAAACAUGAAUCUUUAUUUUCUGCUAGGAUCAAAUACCGGACGAUACAGUCUGUUGGUUUUCAUAUUCAUGUCCUUAAAAUGUGCCUUCCAGACAAUCUUAAGACACAUAACAAUAAUGGUUGGAUUAGUUUUGCAAGGUCACUGUUCCCUGAUUUUGGCAAAAUAUUUCUAUAUUAUCAAGAUACAUAAGAGGCAAUUUAUACCCUGAGGUUCCUCAAACGCUACCAAUCCUUGAUCUCACUUAUAUGAAUGCCAAAUAGCGCGCACAGUCUCAUCGGAAUAAUAUGCCAGCCGUAGUAAAACUACCAAGAGCUUAAGAUUUACAACAGCCUGUCGUCGAAAAUCACAUCAAUUUGUUUAAGACUCGCAUACACACUGGGCAAACGGGUGUCACAAUAAAUAAGUAUGUACACGUGCUCUUGCUAAAUGUCUGAUACGUACAUUUGACGCUCGCAUGAUCAACAACCGUUCCUACACGGGAGAAAUAUGCAGAAGCAGGCAAGCACAAUGGCGCACAUUCUUAUCAAAAUAUAGUAUAAAAGCAGAGUGUUUUAUGGAAAUGGGUCUUUUUAACCCAUGACAGAUAUCAACUACAAUGCGAAAAGAACAAGACGUAUUUGAAUAUGCCUUGAACUGAGUGCAUCCAAGCAUCCAUUUAGCGACGUGAUACUUUUGGCGGUUCAGGCAAACAUGAUGAAGUAUUUAGUUUUAAUAUAUUCCAGCCAAAUUUAUCGAUUAAAAGUCCAGCACUGCUAGCUAGAAACACAACACUUGUUAUUAAUUACCCACAAAUCAAAAUUAUGGGAAAUUCUUCGUGGAGAAAAUCAGUAACUUCAUCAAAAAAUUCAAAGUAGUGCCAUCAUGCAGGAUCUAUCUUGGACAAACGUUUAAUCUUCUAUUUUAUCUACGACAAUAUAUAGUGUUUUCGAACAAUAGCUGGUCUUACCAGCUUUUACAUAUGCAGAGCCCAGGAAGAAGAUUUUAACAUCUUUUUGCGCUAUCCGUUAUACAUAUUUUGUUCUUAGUGAAAUUUUUCUUUCGGUUUCCCAAAUACUUCUGAUCCUUCAAUAAGAGCCAACUGAUGAGACGAUGUCCUGCGCAGUUCGUAACUAAUGUUCACUCUAUUCUAGCUAAAGUUCCCUUUGGCUUUUGCAUUUACAACGACGGAAACGUUAAUAGGGGGUUUUUGUCAUAACACUCGACUUUGGGGGGAUUGCAACUAAGGGUUAGAGAAAUAUUCCUAUCAAUUUCAUGUAAAGACUGAUUUUCAACAUCCGCUGAGUACUGAACGAAGAAAAAGGGGAUGGUAUAAGUCGUCACCAAGCUCAUCAAUUCGUUCAAGAAAGUAACUUUUAAUUUCUCAUAAUUUCUCCUCUUAAAAGUGGACGCCCUUAAGUAUUGCUUUUGAUUAAAUUAACAAGCGGAAAGCAAUAAUUUACGCCCUUAAAAGUUAUGCUGAAUAUUCCUUCGAUUCUUCUGUCCCAGUCAUUUUGUUUUAAUUAGUUUCAGAAACACGUAUGAAUGCCGUCAUAGACAAAACUCACAAAAUUAGUUUUAUUUGCUGUAGAAGCGCAAAAAAACAUAUUAAAAUUGUCUGAUCUAAGAUCCAUCAAUUAAUGUCUGCUUUCUACUCGAUAUAUUUCUAAUAACUAAAGCUGUGCUCGUGGUUGGCGCGAUGUACGCCUACUAAGGUAAACCCCGGACAUUCCGCUAUAUAAGUUGCAGUCCAAAAGAUAUUUCUGUAGUUUGCCUUAAUGUGAAGACUGUAGUGGUCCUUUAAUUUGCAUUUCUUCAUCGACAUCAUCUUUUCUUACUUAAAUCGUUGACGGAAAUAUUAUUGUUUGAGGUACCCCCAAUUGUUUCGACUUGUCUGUCAGACAAUUAACCUUUCACAUUUUCGAACUCUCCGAUACAAAAGACACGCAUUUUUAAUGCCCCUCUUCAAGUACACUCCACAGAAGGUCUAAUGGGUGUGCUGGGAGUCUUGAGAUGGGAUUUCCGUCUGGAGAGGACAACAGCCCAAUACUCAUGUAGACAAAUUGCAAUCAACUAAAAGGGCGGGCGCAUGUCGAUUUUACUUGUUUUGCAAAGCGCACUUGUUCCGUAUCCUGACGUCUAGAGCUGUGUAUAGACGACCAUACAGGAAGCACCAGAGUCCAGACUGAUGAGAGCGCUGGGUACUGAGAUAUCAGGUGCCUCGACCACAAAUAAAACUCUUCUCAGCUCUUACCAUCACAUUUUAACUUCCGCGGAAAUACGCAAUCUACAAGAUAGUCAUUACAGUCAGACCAGUAGGUCAUCAGCAACACAGAAUGGACGUUCAAACCGUACCUUGGGAUAAAACCAUGUUUUAAAAAAUGAAAAGGAUAAUGAUAUUUUGCAUUACUGUUUUCAUGGCUCACAUUUCCGUUUACUGGCUUUAUUAGAGAUUAUCUGAUAUACUGUCGGAAAACUUCUAUUUACGACAUAACGGGUUUUAGGACGAAGUGCAGAGGCUUUCAUCUGUCAUUUUUGCUUGCACACCUUUUCCCAUCACUUGUCGAAAAGGUAGCGAGAAACUCUAUUACUUGCAUUGUCGAGACCUACUGCAAUGACCAUAAGUCACUGCUGCAUUUUGUAGAAGGAGUUCAAGGACCUACCAAAGUUAUUCUCAUAUAUGUUAACCACACUCCUUUCUGGUCGGCCCACCUUAACUAUCUGAACAGAGAUGUCUGCUACUUUAUUUAGGCAUAUUUUAUCCUUAAACUUAAAACCUUCGAACGCACAAAUGACGCAGAAACUCUCUAUGCUUACGUGAUUAAUUCCCGUUAGGGUAACUGCUCGUAGUAUUUGGUAGGCGACAUCGGAACUAUUUCUAACGGCGAUCUCUUGCUGUUUGCCAGGUUCAGGCAUCCUCCCAUGGAUGAAAUGCAUUUUUGAGGGUCUUUCUGGUCCUCUGGUUGUUAGUUAAGUGGAGCAGAAAAAGUCCAACUUUGCAUGUAUUUGUUAAAAAAUUAAAUUCUACCGACGCCUCUCCGCUUGUCAAAAGCAAAUUCUGGGUGCGCGCAAAAACACAAAUGCUUGUCAACAGAGGUUUAAAUUCCCCCAUUUUGGACAAGGUACAUCAAAGUCCUAAACUGCCAAUAGGCCGUUUCGUAAAACUCACCACGUCUAUUAGCUAGUUUACAAACCCAUCAAUACUUAAAAGCCAGAUGACCACUCGGGUGUCAUAACCUGCAAAUAUUCAGAAUUUCUGAAGUGGUUAUGCAUCUUUUUUCGACUCGUUAGAAAUGAGAACAGGAAAACGCACAUGCCAAGACGGUAUUUAUCUGUUUUGCCAUUGUCAUAGUCUUGGACGACGUUCCGGGGAGGGUGGUAUGCAUUUUGUUGGUAUUUGUGCACGUCUUGUUUGCGCUGUUUGCCCCGGAUUUGAUCAUAGUGUUUCUGGCAGUUCUGAAGACCUGUAAAGGGACCUAUUUAGUUCAAAGGACACGUACCUGCCCCUUACUUUGUCUUGGUUGUAUUUCAAAAUUUUAAAUAUGACAUGCACCCAAAGCCAUACUGAGCACAGAAGACUUCAACCGUCAGCGCUUAUUUAUGCCAAAACGGGAGAAAACAGGUUGAGGCAAAGUUUGAGAAUUGACACUGUAACAUUAUAUAUUUGACUUCGUCGUUUCUAGCUUAACUGCCAAAACUAUGGUUUGCACUGCUAUGCAUAUUUGUGUGUCAAGUUACAUCUUUUAUUUGUACAAAAGCUGCAAGCAUUGCACUGCAAUGGAUAAUGAAGGACUUCACAGAUACAGUAAGUGCUGAUUCUCAUAAAAUGAUAACCGAAAUCCUGGCAUGCGCUUUAGAUUAGAAACGAUUAAUUAAGUGGGGUUGUGACAGUAGCAAUCGUGCAUCAUAAUCCAAAGAUGAUUCAGUAACGCAGAAUACCGGCAUUUAAAUAUAUUUCUUCUCAGCCGCGUACAAAAACCGCACUUGGUGAGCGUUGACUACUUGAGCAGUAUGUACUUUCUCGUUGAUUAUCGACGACCUUGUAAACUUUGACACAUUUUAUAGGAGGCACUUGAAAAACUGGCAUAUUUGUACUCAGAUUAUAGAAAAGCACACUGUCCUUUUUUUAUAUGCUCAAUGAAAGGCAAUCUUUCAGUUCGAAAGCUUCGACAGGGCGCAUUCAGAAACUAGGUCCUUUUUACGUUUGAUUUGCGUAUUUUAAUGUGUUCAAGUUGCAAUGUAAACAACGCGUUGCCAGAAUACUUAACUUGAAACAUUUCUUUGUUAAUAAAGCGCACAUAUGCAUUAACAUUUUUCUAGAUACACAAUUCCUACUCAUGAGCAGCGAGGGGUAAUGUACGUGCCGAACCUCCCGAAACAUUGGCCGGGCUCCCUAUAUAUGUUUUCAACUGAGAGGGCUACGCAGUUGAUGUUAUAGUAUGUAUGAGCGGAGGACAUAAGUCCAGGCCAAUUCAAACACAUUUAUGUGCUGGAUUUUGAUACAACCAAUCCUAAGACAUCCCAAAAUCCUACUAAGAGAAGAGAUACAUUACAUGGUGUUCAUCGUCCUCAUUAAGCUCGGGGAUUCUGUAAAUUCAUUAAUACUAUCGAGAGUGCAUACAUAUAGAUUUCAUCUACUAUAGGACUUCGGGAAAAAUGGUGGCACCUUAAGUAAUUAUCUUCGUCAAAAUUCACCUACGCCUAUAUAAAACUCAUUUACAAGCGCUUUUGAAAAUAUCGCAGGAUCAUUUGCUUAUUUUGCUCCACCCCAGUUUAUGGGAUGUGACCAUAGAGUAUGCAAAGCGGCAGAGGCAUAUAAGAUAAUGUUGCAGAAAGAAGAUUUGGUUUAGAUGGGCUGCGUCAACACUGCACUGAACUCUUACGAAAACGCGGGUGAUACCUCAAAAUGUACAAGAAUCCGUUGACAUCUUAAGACCAAAACGCUCCUUCGAUGAAGGCGAGAUGCUUUUUCUUUGCUCAGGAUUACAGGACCAGGAAUGAAACAUCGAUUCAGGAAAAUAUUUACUAACUAAUCGAGUGCUGGUGUCCUUCUAUUGAAACUUAUACAGGCUGUCUGGAAAUGUUUUAAAUAAAUUCUUGGUGUCAUAUGUGGACGGAUCCCCGAUUAUGACGCAAUCUAGAUUAAGUUAUGACAUAUUUUAGGCAAUUAUUUCUGUAAACGCAUGCUGAAAAAUGAUGGAAGGCCGCUCACCGAUCGCGCUUUGGGAGUCACUCGUUCUGUUGUAACUUGGAACUCUCUCCCGAGCCCUGCUGGCAACCGGACAUCGGCGCGUAAUAUAGGCAGUGUAGCUUUACCAAAAAAGACAAGGAAAACUGGAGUGGUCACUUUUGGUUUACUAACCAUCUCCAGUCACCCAUACCCACCCCCGAGAUGUGCGACCCCUUGAAGAUCGAUCCGCGGUUAAUUGGUUAGAAGUCCAACGUCUCUAACCGCUGGGCUACGGACUCUUUAUCCUGUCGGUUGCGUUUGGGUAUAUACAAUGCUAAAAUUUCUGUGAAUGUCUGCCUAGUUUCGCGUUAAAAAGGAUCCAGGAUAGUAAAUUUAGCGCAUUGGUGUCUCGCAUCAGUUCAACUUGAUGACUUAUCUCUGAAACAUAAUUAUUUAGUGCAGAGUGCAUCAGAAUUCUGCAAUAUCUUAAAUUAUCGUUUGAAAUAAAAAUGUGUCGGAGAAAAAAAUUGUCCAUUCUAGCCCUCCAGAAGUAGAACCUUCGGUUAUAAGUACUUUUUGACUUUCGCUUGUCGUAAGAUGCUUUUCUCUUUGAUCCCUUUAAUUACACUAUUUGAACGGCUUACCCGCUUUCCACUCGUGCGGUGAUAAUCCUGGAUUUUUGGACGAGCUGUUGGGUAUUCCGGUCUAAGCCAGGUUUUAUAACUUGUAACCACUGCACGUGAAGAUGCUGAUUAAUAAUUCUCUGUCUAGGCAACUUUUUCUCAAAUUCGGCUCCACUAGUGAUUUGUGGCCCAUCCGGAUCGGGGAAAAGCAGCAUAAUCAGCCGACUGAUUCAGAACAAUCCUGGUGUUUUCGAAGUGAGCAUUUCACGUAAGUGUUUCUUAUUGACUUGUCCUUGCCUUGUAAUCCAAAAGCAAUUCCAGUUUUCACUUGAAAAUAAAGCUAACCUGAGAGCGCCGGAAAGGUUUGAACUUGUUAGACAAAGUAGCCUGGACGGAAUUAUUUUCUAAAUUAGUGAAAAACGUCCACUUAAAAUAGGAAAGGGUACUGCGUAAUGUGCUUCGCAAGAGAACUAUGUCGCGUGUUAGUUUGUCCACCUUUUGUGAUUAAUUUAAUAUUUACAAAUUUGUUUUGUAUAUACAUCGACAUUUGCAUGGUUCUCGAAAACCUUCAACAACGGAAGUCGACGUUUGUCACAUUGCAAAAUAUUUGGCCCGUUUGUCAUUUUUCCUUUUAUAGAGGUCCUUCAGGUAGAUAAAACGUCCUGCUUAGUGGAAAAGUUGCUUAAACAAAAAAAUUAUGGUUGUACUUAGGAGCUCUUGUUCUGGAUAAUCCGAUUAUUAUUGCAAAAUCAUCGUUCCACAGACCAAGUAAUUUUCUGCUUUUUUGCUGGACGGAGAAGAAGUAGGAACCGUAUGAUAAGCCUGAAAACGGGUCAGUACGGUAGGCUGGUGAUACAAAGAUGGAAAAUUAUUCCUAUUUUUAAGCUUAAUAACUUUUUCGAAAGCCGUCUUUCGAUUGAAUCUGCGGACGGCUUGUUUAAAUACUUUUUUCUAUCUGUUGCUUAUUGGGCGUCGCGAUCAAGGCGGAGUAAGAGUAAUUCGACGGCUUCUGCCAGAAAGGAUUUAUUGUUAAUCGGUUUCACUGUCACAUGCAGUUAACUUUUUUAUUCGGCGUGAAAUAGAAAAUACCUGAAACGCCGCAGAUAUAAGUACCAGAGCCCUACACGUUCGGUUUGUUAAAGUGAACCAACGCUUGUAUGGCAGGAAGAUGGAAUCAGAAUGUCAGAUUGCCAAAACAUCAACCUCAGCGCCACAUUUCUAAGCAAGUCGAGCAAGACAAAAUGUAGCGCAGAGAUUGCGUAAGUCACUGUCGCAUUAGCGAUUCUCUCAGAAACUGAAAAUGUAACUCUCCAUUAAUGCUUUUUUCCGUGGUUUCCAUAAAUAUAAGCAGUUUGAUCGGUUUUCACAAGAAGAAGGUGUAGAACAAGUAAAAUUGCACACUUAAGCAUUGUAAAAGUAGUUUUUAAAUUAGCGAAUCGCGAGCAUGUGGAUGACGACACCUUUCCCCUGUAAAACUGAUUGGAAUGUAUUGUGUGUAUUAAGUAGUUCAACCAUGCUCCAAAUGUAACGAUAAGUGAAAGGCCCAAAUGUAAUUUUCAUCGAUUUUGCUUACCACAAGGCAAAAAAGGAAUGUUUAUGUUUCAUUUUUCGGUUACAUCCCUUAAUCGAGGUGAUUUCUGACCUUAUGCUGAAUUUCAAAGUGGUGCUUAUAAUUUCAUUUAAAAUUGCUGUGAAUCUCAUAGUGAUUUUUUUGGAAAACGACGUUUUCGGUUUGACUAUCAACUGUGCAAAAAUAGUUUAACUCAAGGUUGGCAAUCUCAGCUAAAUAAAUCCUCGAUUUUGGGACUUAAUUUCGAAAAUACGGCAUAUUUCGUGCAUUAAGUAGUCUGAGCAUACUUUUUAAGGAAAAGAUCGAUUUUCUGUUGACAAAUUUUGUUCUAGUAUUUUUGCAAGUGCUUGAUUUAUAUUUUAACGAAACAAUCCAUUUUACUUGAGGUUUCAAAGCAAUUACUCAAUUCGCAGUCUUCUGUCGACAUUUACAUCGUUUGCUAGCUUUCUGUACGGUCAUAGUUUAAUUCCUAAAAUAAGCUCUGUUUCUUUUUCACAAAUUACAUGUAUCUUUUGGCUGGAUGAUAAAGUAGUAGGCUUUUUAGAAUUCAUAGAAGCCGGGAAAAAAAUACAAUGUUUCAUGUAUUGUCGAAAAUGCGCCCUAUGCAGUCGCACAAUAUCUGAUCAAGCCCACUAUGCCUGACGACCAAAUUAAUCAAUCCUCCAUUAUUGCAGUGCUCACUUGUGGGCAUAGCAAAAACUGCAUUUGUCAUUUAUAGUGUACAAUAUCACUUGCGUCUUCUAUCGUCGACAUAUCUAAUCAAGUCUCCUCAUGAACACUGUAUACAAUAUUAUCGUAUUUACAGGAUGAUUGGCAUAGAUAUUAACCCUACAUUUUUCAUUCAGGGCAUUUUUUGUAGAUGUGAGACCACUCCCUCAUCCGCUCAUCGCUAAAAAGUCUGACGUUUAUACAGCAGGUAGGGGAGAUGUGGAAUUCAGCUGUACCGCCUGUGCCUUUGCAGGGAGAAGACUUAGUCAUUCUGCAGAAAGUGCCGCUUUGAGUUGUUCCUUUGAACUUCUCAGCAAAAGAUUGAUAUUUUCACACACUGAAUUUUAUAUCAUCAAAUUAAAUCCUCGGUUAGGAUUGGUAAUGCUUAUGGUAGCUGAUGGUAAACGUAAAGAUGCGCGUAUCUGGUACGGGCUAGUGUAAAGAGUUCUCUUCCUCACUUUGUGAUCGCGAAGGGAACGGAGAAUGCCCAUACUCUACGAGUAGAGCCACAUCGCCUUGGUAACUAACCACCGUUUGCUUAGACCGCGUUUUUGCCAGUAUAUUCAUUAUCCCCUUUUGAAAUCUCUUACCCAGUCGACUAAUAUUUCCGCGGUGACAUACACUUUUUGGCACUAGAAAGCGAUAAAAACUGUGUCGAAAGUUAAUCAACUAAGCGGAAUACUUAAUGCAUCCUUGAUUUCAAAAUUCACUUGAGAUCAACUGACCACUGUCUCUGCGAAACAGACGACGACCUGUUAAUCAAAGACUUGAGCAUAUACACCGCCUUGUCUUUAUUGAAUCAGAGACGAUAAAAUUGAACUCUACUAAGUGAAUUUAUGGUAGUCUCUCCUGUAAUCAAGUUUCAUUUCGCGUGCCUUUGUGAGAUAUUCGUUUUAUUGAUCUACUGUGGUAAUACAACCGGCGCUUUGAAUGACGUACUUGAAAACCAGCGCGAAAUGUUUAUUUGCAUCCCUCAUACUUUGUGGUAGAUUGGGUAAAACUGUGAUUGUAAACCGUUGAAAACUUAAUGGCCACGUUUCACCUUAAUAACAAGCGGACUGAGAUCCUACAAGACCUUUAAGGUCGGCUGUCUAGAAUUCUACACAUAAACGGAAGAAACAAUCGACCCCAAACCAGACUGCUGGGAACGUUGCAGAUUAUUUUGGUUAAUAGACAAUGUUCAUGACCGGAGAGAGAACCCGUUACGAUCUUAACGAAGACAUGGUAGUUGGCGGUUAAAAAGGCAGACUAUAAUUUUCAAAACGACCCAGUUGGAUUGCAAAGCCGGCUGUUUUAUCGUUCCGCUCCUUCUUUUGCUUUGUUCAUCAACCCCGAUUUUACUAAGCACUCCUACAGUAGAUAGAGAUUUUACAAAAUCAGUGGCGAUGUCAAAAUGCGUUCUAAGGAGGCAAAUAAAGGCGUUCGUCUGAAUCUUCCGGGAUGGUUAGGAUUCUAUCUUACAUGGAACAAUUUCAUAGCAAGUGUGUCGGUUGGCUUUGACGACUUCUCUACAGUAUGGCAGUAAAGUGUGGAGGCUGCUGGUGGAAAUUAAUUGAACUGGCGUGGCUGGAACCUUUCCUAGAGUAGGUCGCCGGGAGGGGACUUGCGUGCACAACAAAUUUUACGAUGCUUUCACUAGCGAUAAUGUCAGCGUUUGCCAGAGCGGUUUAUCUCUCCCUCUCUCUCUUUCACGCAGUCCUAGGAGUAAGGUCUAGGCUGCGAGGUCUUGUUGCGAAUUAACUCUCAAUGAUUCGGAACCUCCAAAGGAUCCGAAAAGAGUUACCGAGUCGACAGAUAAGACCGUUACAAUGCCAGUGGCAGAUAGCGAUUUAAAAGCAUUAUUUUUAGCAUGAAAGCAAAACCUUCGGAGCUGAAAUCUAGGAAGCUAAGGAACAACUCUGCUAUUAGUAAACCAGUGUCGAUGGCUCCUCCUUAGCAAUAUUUGCCGAAGAUAUAGAGCACUAAGGUUGAAAAGACCCACAAAGGCAGUAAGAAAAUAUGAAAGUUUCUUUUAAACGAAUAAAGUAGUAACAUUUAAUGGUGGAAUUGCAAACUGGAUGUGAGUUUGGAAAUUAGUCUGUUUGUGUAUUAGCGUCGGUAAAUUUCGUCGAAAGCGUUCAUAAUAAAAAGACUGUGAUUAGUGCGUUAUCCAGAAGUAUAGCAACAGAUGCAAAAACUUUGACAAAGACGUUGAUUUUCAAUUUAAGAUGUUCAUAAAGUAGGACAGAUAGACGCGUAAGCGGAAUCGCGAGCAAGUGAACCGACAAUCCACCCAAUUGGAAUCCAUAACGCUUUCUGAAACGCAAGUUUAAUGGGAGGCGAGGCUAUCGCGAUCGUAAAAAUUGCUAUUUAUCAUCCGAAUUCUGUAAACGUUCUUCUAUUUUGGCGAGGCAAAGGCUGGAUAGCCAUUCCGUAUCAAUUGGUCGCGGAGCUAUGGGGCCUCACUCGCUUUUACUUCCGGGUUGCCGCAGUGAGUCUGGAUACGCUUGAAGCGUUUUCUCACACAUAUUCAUUUACGAACCAACAGAUGGUUGUCUUGGGAACAUACAAAUUCGAUGCCCACGUGUCCGCUCAAAUUGAACCCAAUCAGAAACCAUACCAAUGACGGGGCAAGCUUUGGCAUACAUUAAGGAGGUUCUAGAUAAGACCGAGCGCGUUGUUACGGAAUAGGGUUUUGGAAUUCCACAAAGACAAAAGCCGCCAUGCACAGACGGUUCAAUAAAAAUCAAGAACCGGUUAAUUCUCACAGAGUGGUCUGAUGCAGGGCGUCGUAUACCGUGCCUUAACUGUUCUAGCAAAUACAGAGGUCAGACAGAACGCGUAUUGGGAUUGCGCAGGCACAAACAUUAACUGGCUGUUCGCUAGGAGGAAAACUUAUUGCAAGCUGCUGCCCAUAACUUCGAAAUCGGUCACUAGUUUAAGCCCACAGCCACCAAGUUAAGCAUCUACACCUUAAUCAAGAAGUUGAGAAUUGACUGAGUCCUGGAUCCCGGGUGAGAAUUCAGCCCACCAAUGUAUCAACCUUGAUGCCGGCCGGCCCAGCGCAGACGUAACGUGAACAAACGCUUAACACCAUCAGGCCAGAAACAAUUUUCCUCUUUCGAUGAAAAAUUGUUUUGCUUUUUGUUUGCGCUGAAAUUAAACUUCCUCGUCACUUCAUGGUUCUCAUCAAUGGUUUUUUUGUGUUCCAUAUCCUCUGUAGACUGACAGAGGUGUUUUGCCUCUCGAUCCUUGUGUCUGCUUUCGAGUUUCCAUUUUUAAUAAAGCUUUGUCUCUACUUAAGUUAAUUCAUUUGUUUUAAAAAUCGAACAAUAGCAAGUUUAUUAUUACCAUCAUUAUUUGUAGACACCACUCGAUCUAAACGACCAAAUGAAAUCCCCGGAAAAGGUAAGUGACUUCGACAGUCUAUUUCGCAGAGUCUUCUGACUUUGAGUGCUUUUCUUUCGGCUACUUAGCCCUUUUGGACACCUGUUGUGUAGUGACCGCAUCCACACUGGGAGUCCGGUCUCCUGAUCAUCACCCAUUCACGUCUAUGAGAACGGAAGAUUGGAGUAGGCAAACUAUGACUAAAAUAUGGCGACACUGUGAUGACAGCCGUUUUGGAUUUACAUGUAUCGGGUUGCGAGUAAUGUGUAUAAGCAAUCUUUAGCAAAUGUCAUCAUACGCGGCGGUAAGGGAAGCUGCCUUUACUAUUUCAUGCUGUUGGCAAGUUACAAAUAUGCUCGUUUCCUCUUGGACAAAAUACACGCACUAAGGUUAAAAUAUGACCGGUCGAUAUCCGCAAAAUAAGCUGGAACUGACCGUUCCAUACUUUUCUCCCUGCUGCUGUUGCUUUUAAAUCGUUUGCUUACCGAAGAUUUAAACUGAUGCAUAUGACCUCAAACUCAGUCGAUGAAUAUUGCUAAGUCUCUUCUACGAAGUGAUCGAACAAGUAUAUAUGAAUAGAGACCAUUUUUUACCAAUGCCGUCAUAUAACGUGAACGCAAAUUUUUGCAGUUGCUUGUAACUUUUGAAUAUACACUUUCGAAUUGCCCUGCUUGCCUACUUUUCCUGCCAGAUUAUUUCUUCAUUACGAAAGAGGAAUUCGAGAGAGCAAUCAAGUGCAAUGAAUUUGUCGAAUACGCUCUAUUUUCUGGGAACUAUUAUGGAACGAGGUAGGCAAAAUAUGCCAUUAGGCUUUGUAAAUAACCCCAAGGUCCACUUUAGGACUGCUAACUUACCUGCUGAAAUACAUGCUAUUAUUUAUUUUCGGGACUUACGAAUGUCCAGUGGUCGUACAGAAGAAAACACUUUCAUUUUUUCCCAGGUCGCGAGUGCAAGAAAGCAUGCGUUGUCUGGUGUGAUAAUUCCAGCAAAUUGUUUCUGUGAUCCUAACUAUCAGGGCGACCCCUUAAACUAGUUGGGCAGUUGACGGACGACGCCACGCUAGUUUAUGUGCCCCGGUAGGGAAAGCCAGGAGCAGCAUUGUCAGCACUGACAAUGCUGACGCUAGACCUAAUCGACCAAAAAGUGACCACUGUCUGAAGUGUGUUCCGGAUUGAAAAGGGCAGAUUAGGCGGCCUUUUAAUAGUCAUUACCAUGCGGCGUAAUCUCAAGAUUUUCCAGGCGCACCUUCAUGCUGGUUUCGAAUAAGCUUUUAUCUGAUCGCCUGCAAAUCCACACUCGAUAAAGCAUGAAUACUCCAUUAGUAUAAAUGUGCCCCAUUUAUUUUCCAUAAUUGUGCAAAUCUUAUUAUGUUUUAUAGAAAACGCGAAAAUCAUAUUGUCUUCUGUGCUCACUUGGUAGCAAAAUUCGGUUGUCUUGAGGGUUAAACGCCAAGAAAUGUAUUUAUAGUUUAAAAUGUUUGCAAUUAUGAAAUUUUUAAAGACUGAGGGGUGCUUAUUAACACAGCAUCGUAGCCAUUCACUUAUUUCUUUUUUAUCAGAUAUACAGCUACGUCCACAUCCAUUUUAAACUUUCAGGAGUUCACUGUGGGGGCUUUAUAGUAACAUGUACAAAUUCAUAAUCUUAAUUGCAUAGAGCGUAUACAGCAUGCGGUUUUGAAACCCUGGACGAAAGAGCAACUACAGGUUAGAUUUACAGUUUUCCUUGAAUUUAAAAAAUUAAUACAAAUCAAGAAGAUACCUUCUCCAUUAGUAUGAUAUUAAGAAAACACGCAACUCAAAACGCUGUAUAUACAGCAAAGUAUAUUCAGACUGAUUGCUUUCAAGUUAACAAUUAAUACCUGGGAAAAUUAAAGUGCCGCAAUUUUAAAAUUGGAGUGUUUGGUAGAAAGUCCAGUGGGAAGGCUAAAAUCCACCGAUGAACCUAAUCCUUCUCAGCUGUGUCAUGCAGCGGCAGAAUAUCAGCUAAAUACGUGUCUGGACCUAUAUUUAGGGCUUGUGCUCUCAAGCAUGGUGUAUCGUGAAGCUUACGUAUGCACAGUAAGUUUGCUAGUUUAUGAAAUGUUAGCCGAAAUUCUGAAAUGCGUUUUUGACUCGAAAACAUUGCUUAAGUAGCAUUGUACUAUUAAUCGCCCCGCAGCAUACUUCGAAUUAUCGUCUUUCCGACCGCCUGCAAAAACUGCAUCCUGCAGAAACUAACUACUUAUAUAGCACGAAUGUUUCUCAUUUAUUUUCGAUGCCCCUAAAAAUUCAAAUAUAUUUCAUAUGGAACAUGCAUAAAACACUCACUCUUUUACUCUUUUGAUAAAACGUUACGUCUUCUUUAAAUAUUAUAAUUGAAAAAGGACAUAAUUCUGCAUUAAAUAGUUUCCAUUUAUGAGACUUUUAAGGCCAUGAAAUGCCCGUUCAUAAAACGCGGUGUCCCUGCAUUUAUUAAUGCUGCUUUUGAAUAAUAUAGUAUAGCUAAAUUCCACCACUAAAUUUUACAAACCUCAUAUAGCCUCCUCUUAGUACCAUAUGGAAAUGUAUAAUUUUCAGCACAUGGGGAUAUACGGAUUGCAGUUUGGAAACGCUGAAUGGAAAUGUAAUGACAGGUUUGAUUCAAAAGUAUUUGGGGAUUUGAAAAGCCUUAUUAACUUGAAUUAUACCCUUCCUUCAAGUUAAGUUUGAACAAGACAUUGUUUGCUAACAAAUGCGUAAAUGAAUGAAUAUUUGUAUGUAUGUUUUCUAGUAAAUAUAUCUAAACUUAUAUAAGUAUCGAAAAUCAAUUAGAAAAAUUUGUUUUGCGUAAGUACGCAUUUCUUGCAGACUGCAGUUUUUGCCGGCGAUCGAAAAGAGGUUUAUUCAAAAGCCAGCAUCCUGGCGUAUUUGAAUUAUUGUACGAUUAUGCUUCAAGAAAGUAAAUAUUUCAACCCUACUUAAAUAAUCUUUUAGAGUCUAAAGCGCAUUUCGGAGUUUCGGUUAACACAUCUACUAUGCUCCUGGCUGCCUGUUGGCGGUUUAUGAAUAUUACGCAGCUAUCUUGGUGCGACUGAUGGACUUCGGCCCAAAUGUCCAAAUCAACUUACAGCCUUAGCCUUGAGAGUUUACUUCAUACCAAAUUUCUCCAGGUUACGGAUUAAUUUCUGAAAAAGUCAAAAAGCCACUGGAAUGAAUAUUGUUGUCAGUGUUCUUACUAAAUGAUAUUGAAUUUUAGGUACCAAUCAUAAAUCAAUGAAAAAAACUCAUACCAAUUAAGAAUUUGGCUUUUUUUGCUAAGUUCGAUAUUUGCAGACGGCCUAAAAGAAAGUCACUCAAAAGCCGGCACUCUGACAUGACAGACUCAUUUUAGGAUUAUGCCGCAAGAUAACAAGUACUACAACUACUCCUGAUUAGUCCUCUCUAGUUAAAAACACAUUACAAAAUUUCGGUCAGCUUUCCAGGAGAUAGGCCAACUACUGUAUUAUGCUUGCAGGGCGGAAUUUAUUUUGCGUUACAGCUCAGUGUCUACAGCUCAAGCAGGCGGUUGCGUAGUGACUAACAGUCGAUAAUCGACUUUAUCAGUUUUAAUUUUCCAUUUCUGGACUGCCCAUUUUUCGUUGGUUUCUCCGGCCCAAACUCAAAUUUCGUCAGUCACAUUCCCCAGGGUUUAAUUGUUAGAAUUGCGCACGAGGGACCCGUCAAGCCUAAAGGUUUGUUCUGCAAAUUCUAAUAAGCUUGGAACGACUGGCAAAUCUUGGGAUUUUAGCACCACGAGAGUUUUAUAAUCGGAUACGUAUGCGAUGAAGUCUAACAGUUAGAUUCCACGAUAAAACGACACAUUCUUUGAACGAUGAAGUUUAGACAAUUAAUAAGAAGUAGAAAGAGUUUAGGGAGCGCACUGUAGCCCACCGAGUGACAUAACAGAGCGAUCUUGUGAAAACAACAAAAUUUGGAUUUUUGCCAAACUAGACAAGUAAGAAGAUCAUCGUUUUUAUUUUAUCUUCUAAGAACUUUUUGCAUCUAGUCGCGCAGAAUAAUCAUGCCACAGAUAUUUUGUCUCGUUGCUGAAAAUACAUUUCUCCCAACCCUCAAAUUCCUUAUUUUGCUAUUGAUACUAUGCAAACUACCUCAUACAGUUUGCAAUCUCAAAAAAGUAAGACAUCUCCCGUUGCUUAUGAUGAAAGAUAAUGAAUCAAUGCUAUUUAAAAUCAUGCGUCUCUGUUCGAGUCCAAACCCUCAAACUCUGCAAUUUAAGCCUGCUGAUCACCUAUUAGGUUAACUUAGUAACACCUGCCGGUGAAAGGAACUAAUCACCAUUACCUUCUUUCCAGCUCUGUAGACCGCUCUAUUGUAAAGUUUGUGAUAUUUCUGAUGUGAAUGCUGGAGUUCGUCAUUGGCGCACUCCAGAGGAUUUACAAAUGGUAAUUAAUCAAAUAUUCAGGGGAGUACUGUGGCUUGUCGUUUUUAACUUGGCAUCCCAAUCUGUUUAAUAGUAGAAGGUAAUCAAAAACUUCUUUGUUUUUGUAACUUUUAUGCAGCAAAGAACAAAUGCAAAAAGUCAUCCAACGGGGCAAAAUUUGCAUUUUCGAAUUAGAUAUUCAAGGCGUGGAGCAAAUAAAGAAGACAGACAUACAUCCCGUCUACAUUUUUAUUCGUCCUCGAAAUUAUGCUACCUUGGUAAGUCACCUCUACAUGGAUUCCCCCGAUAUUACUUGAGAAACCACACUUACGCCGUUUUCUACACCGUAUAUUUCACUUAAUAACGAAUCAUUUUGGAGAAAAUGCUGUUCUAACUUCAGAAGAACGAUCUACUCUGAAAAAACGUGAAACGCUUAAUUCCUCGAUUUGAAGUGCAUGCAUUAACUUUCCCUACUCAAAAACUGCAAAAACGUUUUGCACAGAGGCUCCACGGUAACGCGCAAGCCCACUGAUAACAACAAUUUCGAAGCAAAAUCACUCCUAGCUGGAGUUCUCAAGGAUUUUUCGGCUUCGCAUUUAAUGGCAGCCUUUCAUGCCCAAAAACAAGAAAAGGAAACCGUUUGACAAACAUCCGGUCUUUUCGGUCCUAAGUCUCUUUAGUUUAGAGUUUCCUUCUGUCAGACGUUCCCCCAAUUUCUGGCAUUUGGUCCUUUCUCAGGCUUGUACUGAGGUUGGCGAGAUAGCAACCUCGGUUCAACUUCCCUGUGAAUGCUCCUAAUUUUAAUUUAUGUUUAAAUCCCCCUGCAAGUCACAGUUUGAAGUCAAUUUAAUUUUUUACCACUCAAAAUUACUGUAGCCUGCCGGUGGAUGAAACACUUAAUGUAUAGAGGAAUGCUCUCCUGCGUGUUUCCUUACAGCAGUGACUUGUUUCACUUUCCUACAAAAAUUCAAUGACAGUGCUUAGUUAAUCAAGAACACGCUCUGCCUCUUAAUGAUCAUUUUGACCGACUAGAAUGGAGAGCGUAUGGUGAGAACGCGUUUUUGUUAACUGUAUAAAAAAGUUCUGAAGAGGCUUAACUACGCGCUCUUGUUUCCAUUUUACAGGCGGACAGACUAACGCAAAACGAAAAUAAUAUGUAUUGACCGAUAUUUUGUCAUAUCCUGGACCGACUAAUUAAAAUUCCCAACAAUCAUUUACAAUACCAGACUGGUUAAUAUAUGCUAUAACAGACAUGGUCAAGUUCUCACCUAGUAAAUACCGUAACUUAGUUGAAAGUAAACUUUAUUUACCAAUGCAGAAGGCUUCAUACAGCUUCUGCAAAGAAAACAAAGGUCACUAUUUAGCUAUUCAAAAAUGUCACGUCUUAAUAUAAUCUAGAAAAGAUUCCAAACAAAAAGUUGUCAAUAAAUUACCCGAAUUUCCCUCUAAUGUGGCAUUAUUUACAUCGGUACCAAUAUAAACUUAUUUCUUAGAUGGCAUUUACAGUUAAAAUCUGUAAACUCGCCAUUUACGUCUUCUGUGCAUGAAACAAUAUAAGGGCGUGCAUGACAUAAAUCCCACUGAAUUAUUUCGAAAAGAAGGCAGUGCGAGCUUUAGGAGUAUCUCGUAUCUGAGAACGUUUAAUGCCGCAUCAGAAAUGCAUGUUAAAUUUGGCGCAUAUUCUGGAUUCGAUAUUUUAAAGUCAGAUUUUAUCAAAUGAUUUCAACAAGUUUCGUAUCGUCUUAUGUUAACAGUAGUCCUAUGCAGGUGUAAACAUUGUAGAUUAAUUAGAAGUAUCUGCCGUGUUUUCAGCAUAGAUAAUUGGGGAGAGCGGUUUCAGCUAUGCUAAUCAUCCGAGAACAAAACUAAAAGCAUAAACUAUUCGUUUCCUAUACUAGGGAUAUUUGCAAUAAUAUUCUUUUAAAAUGUAUGACUAUUAUUGCAUUCUCCCACAACUAGUCGCAAUUCUCUAUGCAAACGUUGACAAAAGUUGACAUAAAUGACCACCGGCCAUCUAAAUCUCGACGUAACUUUAGAUCGUCUCUUUCUGAAAGCUAAGCUUAUUUAUUGGCGCCCUUUAGCUAAGACGUAACGCAUCCAACAUUCAUAUAACAGUGCAAGUAAUGUAUGGCAGCAGUUUCAAGUAGAUGAAAAAUGCAGGGAUUUAUUUAUUCACCAAAUUUUCCUUUAUGUAUUGUUUUAAAACCAGAUACAUUAAGUUAAAUUUGAUAUAAACAAAUGACUAGUAAUAUGCUGUUGUGAAAAGCCAAUCAUAUGCUUUGUGUAUGUAAUAAAGCCGCCAAAAGUAAUAACGCGUAUAUUGACUUCGAUGGCAAAAUUUCGAUUCUGAUGGAAUGUCGCCUUGAAUUUUAUCUCUGACACUUUCAUUUUGUUACAUGUGAGGUAGUGAUGAGAUACUACCUGAGCAGAGCUUUUUUUCACAUGCGUCAGAUUUAACCCAUUUUUAUCAUACUCAAUAAUGUGCCUCCUGCACUCUUUUUUCGUUAAAAUGCCCAUCCAAUGGUCACAGAUUGGAAAAUUCGAAUAGAAUGCAUAUGUAGGCUUCUGAUCUUGGAAAUACAUAAGCGGGGGUGAUUUCCUAUAAGUGGCCUCAUACAUGGGUAAAGUGGAUUCAGAGAAAGGGACCCACCUUCUCCCUGGCGCCGACUGGAAUUAUGGUGUUUCAUCCUCCCCCUCCCCUACCCUCCCCUCUCCAAGCCCAAGCUACAGAUUAAUUAUCUAUUUGCCCCUAUCUUUUGCAUUCUUUACAUCAAUAGCCAUAUUAAUCUACAGGCCUGAAGAGAAUUUAUCGAAAGCAGACGUAUGCUCGCCAAAUUGCCUUUUGAAUUCAGAGAAAGUGACAACUUGUUUACAAGUGCUCGUAAACGGUUUGCAAGCGCUUUCUAACCAGGCAUAUAUAAAAGCAAUUUCAUAAAAUUGUUUGCUUUUAGGAAAAGCGACUGCGAACAAACUCCGUGGAGUCUGAAGAGCACAUUCUUCAGCGCUUGGCCGUCGCACAUCAGGAAAUCCAAUAUGGUAAAUCGAGCAACAGUUUGAAUUAAAUCAUGCUGGCAUUGCGGGGCAUUUAUAUCUCACUUCUGUAUAUAAAAAUGAGUGGACAAAAACAGACGAGAAAGGUAAUUAAUCAUUUAAAACUCUCUUUAGUCAAAACAUCCGUCACCGCUCAUGUAAAGGAAGUUGGAUAGGCUACUUUUACUUUAACACAGGCGCAAAUACAAAGGAAAUAGCGACAACGUACACAAAAAUACCGGAAGAAAGCGCAUCUGCAGACUGAUUUUCAAUCAUCUCCAUUGAGCACAAUUUCCAGCGAAUUAUUUCUAAUAUGCAGCACUUUAGCCUACAUGACCUAUUAGGCUAAAAUGCAGACAUGCAUUUGUAUAGCUUGGUCCCGCCUUUCCAAAUAGCAUUUUUAUUCUGGCAACACGGUUAAGAAAUGAGAAGAUUGCAUUACUGCGUUCCUAACUAAUUCAGACUACAAUAACCUUUGUUUCGAACUAAGCACACACUCCAUGUUGCCCAUAAUAUUGUUCUAUACUUAGAUUGAUAAGUAUAUUUCGGAUAGUCUGCGCUUAAAUACAAACGUUUAACUAGCCCCGACCCGGAUAAAAUGACAGUUGAUGUCCAUAUCAUCCUGAGGUUAACUACAGGUGCGCUGAAUAAGGGCCGAGGACAAGCUCUUGAUUUGGGUGAACAGUUGAUUAGAUUGAUGGCGCGUUACAUUGUAGUGUAUUGCAGCGUCGUUUCGAUUUUGACGAGUCAGCGGUUAAGGGGUAAAUAAGUAAAAUGGAAUUAAGUGAGAUUUGGGUCUCUUAAAACACUAGCGCAAGACGAAAAGUGUGAAGAAUCUUUUUAUACCACUUCUGGAAGUCGAAAUUUUACCUAAUUUUCAUUAAACCUACGUCGCCCAUUAGUAUUACUGUUUUCACAGCAACUGUAAGUUUGCGUUACAAAGUCAAAAGACUGUAUACCUUCGUGCCGAUGCACUUAUUUUACAUUAUAUGCAUUCCUGAAUUAACGAGACAGCUUGUGUAACCCCUAAAUUGAAUAUGUUUAUCCGUAGAAUCGAUGAUUGUGUAUAACAGUGAGUUCAGGUUUGCAGGUCGUUUUAAAUGCAAUUAUUUUGUGCUUAUUUGACGAAGAUCAUAUGCCGAUGUCAGUAGCACGACCAUAUAAAACGCAUUUUUCAAAAAUAUAUAUUUAAGUAAAUAGCAUUUGCAAUGAACUGCAGAUUAUAGUAGGUGACCAAUCUCGCAAAAUAUUAACUGAAAUACUGAAAUGUGUUCUCCAUUAGAAUGGGUCACUUUGUUGGGUCUGUAAUACCAAUUAUUGUCCAUCAUAAGCCCAGGAUGUUUUGUUCACGCCAGGAUACCGCUCUUUAAGGGCAUCCCUUUUCGAUCGCUCAGAUAACCGACUCAAUAAGAAAUGACUACUUCAGCAGCCCGAUUUUCUCCUAUAUAUUUUCGAUGUUUUUGGGAAUUUAGGUCUAUUUUAUAUAAAUCACGAACAAAAACGUCAUUUCUUGUGCUCCUGUCGUGGCAAAUGAAAGCAUCUUCAAACCUUUUAGUUUUCGAAGACGCUGUGAAAUUCCACAGUAUUUUGAACUCAGUCUUCUGCUCCCGUCGUUUAUAGGAUUUGUAGUCAACAGGUUUACAGUUUCACUGCAGGAAAGAUCAUAAAUUCAACCAAGCUCUUAAGAAAAUACCGUAUCGUCCUCGGGAAAUUUGUCAGUUGAUGCAAAGUAUGAUUUGUAGUUUAUAAGAGCGCUAAUAAAACAAGCGGACAAACGUUAUUCGAGAGGAAGUUUCAUGGCCUUCAAAAGUCGCUAAGUUAUCAGCAUUGUAAAAUCAAAACAAAGCUCUUCAUCAAGUAUGAAAUUUAAAGAAGGCGUUAUUUUUCACCAAAUAAAUGCAAAAUAGGGCUCUUGCAACUUGUUGUCUGCAAACUGUAUUUGAAAUUUCAACUGCACUGAAAAUCGACGGAAACUUUCCGCAUUAUUAAAGCGGUCAUUUUUUAUCGAGUGCGGUUCAUAUGGGCAACGGAUAAGAGAUGCAUUCAACAUCAAAAUUCUGGGGUGGCCAAAUUAUUCUGCGAUUAGGACGUACAAUAGUGGAUAUUACAACCCCACUAAGGCAAUCCCCGCUAAUCGGAAACGCAUUUCCUAAUUUCGGUUGGCACUUUAUGAGAUUGACAGCUAACAGAACCUUUCUGCGGAACAUGCUUACAUGCUUACUUCGUUUUAAAAGAACUAAUGUACGAUUUCGAAAUGUUAAAAUGCCCGCAGCGUAAAAAGCUUAAGAUCAAAGACUUAAGAUGAGGUGAAACAUUUUUUAAGUUUUGCAGACGUUUAAUCGAAGAGUCCACUACAACCGCUUUCAUUCUAUUUUCAGCCUUGGAGGACGAAAUCUUCACCAAAGUCGUCAUAAAUGACAAAAUCGAAAACGCAGUGAGAGAUAUUGAACUGUUUCUGAAGCAGGUAGUUUGUUAGCCCCAGAUCAAACAUUCGUAUUCUUAAUGUGCCCACUUAUGCGUAAGGCACAAAUUUGUGGAAAUCUCUCGCUGAUAAAACUCACAAAAAUGAUGUAAACUUUGGUCGACUAACCUGCCCACCAAAGCUUACAUGCCAUGAGGAGGACCGAAAAUGGCCAUAGGUAUUUCAAAGCAUGUUUUAGCAAUUCUAAAACAAGGACAACUUUGUCAGUUGCUAAGGCAUAUGAAGACUUCGCAAGCAAUAUUUUUGAUCGUUUUUUAGGAACGGUUGUUUAAUUCUGUUAUUUGACGGAUGUAAGCCAAAGCAACGAAAAUGUAUCGAUUACUAAGGGGCUCCUUCUCCCGUAUAAGCAGUUUUCACUCAAACAUACUUUAUUAGGUUGGAUGCUACUUUAUUCCCAAUAGUGGCAUGUCUUUGACUUCCUGUUUCCAAGGCUUCACAGUUAUAUGCAGAAAACCCAAAGCGUCUUCGGGGUUUUGUCAUGAUAGCCAGUAUCAUCUAUCUUGCAGUUUCCGACGGAAAGUUUCAUAGUAGCAAAUAAGAAAGAAGGCUCUGAAAGAUAGGUUUAUUACGGUUCUGACCUUUAAACCGAUACUGUCAGUCCUUUGUUCUGAGUCGCCGGUGAACAGUUGGGUAGCAUGUCUCGCUUUCUGUGAGCUAUGGUCGAAACUACGACGAUAGUGCACAAAGUGUAAUUUCGCAUCUUUGGCGCAACUACAGUCGAUUGUCGUUUGCAAGAUCUGAUGCGCUGCAGGGAGCGUCACGUAACGACAAAUGGAUGUUCUGGUUGCCUAUCUGGCCAGCAAAGUUUUUUCCAGAGUGGCCUUUCCUCAGCCAGUGCUUUCGGUAUAUUUAAAGGUAGGCGUGCUUUUAGAGGUGGCAGGAAAUGUGUUACUCCACUGAUUUGAGGCGUUCUAGCAUGCGUAUUUGCAGUUGUCUACGGUAAUUAUAGAGUACUGAGAUUCUCAAACUUCACAGUGCCUUAUGGGCUGGCCUCAGACGCUGUCCCCUGGCAAAUGGAACGGUUUUACAAAAGUGGGACAGUUAUUUCGGCAAUACGCUCGUCAUUAUAGAACGGAAAAUGGCCCUCUUAUUUCAUUAAAUGCCGCAUGACAGCAUUUAUGUCUAGGCGUCCUCGUCUGCGUCAGUAGACUCUGAAAACAACGGUGUACAUGAAAGCAAAUCCCACACACAUGUAUUGGGUCACUGCGGUAAUCGCUAAUAUCACACAAAGUGCUUUAGUGCAAAUCCGAUACAGGGGAGUUGGCGCACACCCAGAGUACGCGGUGAAAAAAAUGGCUGCAUCCCAUUUAUUUCGGCUUCCGUUCGCGACGGGCAGACGUGGCGCAAAUUUUUAGAAGGAAACUGACUAUCCCGGGAAAACGGUAGGUUGUCAGUAGAGAAACUGACGCGUGCUGCCAUUUCUCACCAGGUAACCAAAACCACCGCCCGUCUAUCGGAGAGGCGAGACGACAGGAAUAAACGAUUUGUUGAUAAAUUAAGAGUCCUGAGAAUACCUGUCGGGGGAAAAGCUGACAUUUUGUUUAUCGGUUUCAGCUGAGUCAGGUACUUUGGAAAGACCGAUAGAUGACUGUAAAUACGGGUAAAGGAUGUGGCAAAACAACGGAGAGAAUUAAGUCCCUGGUAAUUAUGGCCGAGAAUUCUAUUGCUACUUCGUACGCCGUCUUCGAGGAUCUCGCAAGCAUUUGCGGGGGAACAAGCACAAGAAGAAGGGGGAUAAGCAAGCUGAAAUUUCAUUUGACAGGCACUCGAAAGCAACAUCAGAGAGAGCGAUAGAGGGAAAGAGCGGCAGAUAUGGGUAACGGACGUGCAAAAGUCGCAGUAUUUAUACGAUGCAAAUGCUGUGCAACAGUAGACCACGACAAAAUAAUCACCACUAGCAGUGUUUGCAGAUGGCCUAACUUGGUGCGGUGCUUAUCUGAGCGCCCUCAUCUGAAAUGUUAGCAACCGUCAUUUCUACCGAUCGUAGCGCUUGGUGCGAAAAUUUGGCGGCCAUUCGAAUAGCAAGCAUCACCACUGGAGUCAGUGUGUAGCGGCCGAGGAAGUCAAGGGUAGCACACACCAGAGAGAGGAAACGCAGAUGAGAACUCCUGGCCGGGUUAGACCCUGAACGGAACUGUUAACACUUCUUGAUGCUCAUCCAUACACCGGGGAAGAAGGCAGAUCGAGUAAUGGAAAUAGUGUAAUGCAUAACGCGACAAGCAAGGAAAAUGUGUAUAAUAACUGUUAACAAUACAGGGGGAUGAGUUACAGCUGAAGAAUAACCUGUCUGGGUGAAGAGGCGAUAUCGACAUGCCAGCUAAAUAACCGGUGGGGAGCGCAGCGCUGUGGGCAACUGCAGGGGAGGGCCGAGGGAGUGCCGAUGUUGUGAUACGGAGUGCGAGGCGAGCGUUACGAUACGGUACGGUAGGGGAAAAGGGAUCGGCGGAUGAGAGAGGAAGGGGCACCGGCCAUCUUCGCUGACACGCGGUUACGCCAUCUCCACCCUAGGUCCUCGCGCGGAAAAGUGUCACCUCAUUCAAACAACUCUGUCCAAGUCCAGGGGCGUUACAAGUGUUCACCCACUCACACCCGCAUGACUAACCACCCCACAGGCAAACGAUUAGUACUGGACAGGGCGCGGGGUAUACCAAUGACCUUGACGCUGGACUGUGGGCUUGAGAAUGAUAGUCAAGUAGUUCGUGACUCACGCGUUUGUCACUUCUUGCGGGAAUUUCAGCCUCUUCAAACACGACGGGGUGCGCGGGCCACGUUGGGUGGGUCAGGACUUGAGAAUUGGCGUCAUUUCUUCUCACUGUUGUUGUGGCUGUGACCUUCUGCGUCCAGAGUGAUCGCCCAGUUUGUAAGAUGUGGUUUGGUAGCCCCACCUGAUGGACACAAUACUGUUGGGGUCAAGGGUUAGAGUUAGGGUUAAGGGUCGUGGUUUGGGGUUUGGGUCAGGGGUAGGGUUUAGGAUUAGGGGUUAUAGUUAGGGGUAAAGAUUGGGUUUAGGGGUUAGCGCACUAUUUCUCAACCCUUCGAAGUACGACCGCGCACUCCCAAUAGCUUUUCUUUUGCAUACAACCACUUGGCGUCGUCGUCUGUGCGUUCCCCGGCCCCACCUGUAAAAAGCCCUAUUAUCACCGGUCCCGUAUUGGAGGUGACUGGGUUUUGUUUACUUCAGGUGAGACCACAUAACCACAUCCAAACGCCCAACGUAGCUGUUUUCACUAUAAGUGUACCAGAUGCAAAAAACAACUCUAAACCUUUCAUGUUGUGGCAGUGGAUCAUUCGGUUCCAUGGUUGUCUCCGAUCCUAGUGUAACCUCAACUCUGUAAACUCUCAAGCAGACCGAUGUAAACAAUAUCCGAGAGCAGUUUGGGACUAAAAAUUAGCCAAGAGCAAUUGUCGACAAGAGUCUAGGUUUCCAAGGGAACAAAAAUGAGAGACCAGAUAACGCGAUCCAUAAUAAUGCAUUUCAGAAGCAAAAACCAUCCUUGAGUUCAUGGGAAACUCCCUGGACAACAUGCCUGUGUUCCUUACUAGGCCUUGCCGAAUAUUACCUCCAGGUGGCACAUUUAACAGACAUGUCCCCAUCAAGGAGCAUUUGUUCGUCGUCUUCCGACUACGCCUCACUUGCGAAGAAGGCACGCCCGUUGAGAAAACCAGUCAAAAACGACGAACAACCAUGCGCAUGUAACAAAUGGCCGUAUGCGGAUAGGAGUUGAAUUCAAAGGUUAAGGUAAAUAGCAGCAAGACUGACGACAAACGCCAAGACGGCUAUUAAGACUAAGCCUGAUAGAUAACACUUUGGUCGAUCGCACCUACGGUUAAAGUGGGUUUGAACCAGCACCAACAAUCAAAAUCACGGGAUAGAAGGAGACGUAGAACCGUCGGGUUACAAUACCAUAGACUAUGCCUAAACCUGUCGAAAAUUCCCCUAGAACUAAAUCUUUACGACACAAAUGGUAUUCACAUCGACUUAUAAAGUGGCAGGCAUUGUAGUCACUUUCCUGCUAACUUUAGAAUUAUGGUUAACCGCUGGAUUUGCCCAUCGGAUUAUGAAGAACGUGAGUUUCUGUUUUAAACCUGUGGCGAAAGCUACGUUCCACUCUGAAGCGAACCGGGCCUUCAAAAGUGCAGUGAUCUUAUUUGACCUUUUAUCAAUGAGGAAUGGCUGAAGGGUUCUGGGGAAUUUGACAUAUUGGGCAAGGCUUCGUUACAGUUUUUUUCCUAACGAAAUUUGUCAACGAUAAAAUUUUUUAUUGUCUCAGGAUGAGCGCUUUGGAGCCUAUUUCAGCAACCCUCGAUCCAAAGGCGACUUCAUUCCAGUGAAAGCCACUUGA